AUGGUAUCAGGAUCCAUUCUGUGCCCGAAUGUUGACAGCAGAAGGUCAACGGCACAAGAAUCGAUGGGACCAAACCGACGCAUCAUCGAGCUACCAGUGGAUAGCCCCAAGACAAUUGGGCUUUACGUGUACUGGGUUUACACAGGCAAGCUUCUCGCAGGGCGAAAUAAGCCAAGAGAAGAUUCAACCCUUACGUACAUGGAUUUGGUAGAUUCAUACAUUCUUGGUGACAGGAUUCUGGACACGAAAUUCCAAAAUUCAGCCAUCGACGCAGUCAUUGAGAUAUCCUGCACCAAAAUGAAAGAUGGAUUCUAA